AUGGCUCAACGUGAUGUGCGCCAAACGGCCACUCGCAAGGCUUUUGGCACUGCCGAGAUCCUAGAGGCUAUUCUUCUACAGCUAGACAUCAAGGAUCUUCUCCUCUCUCAGUUAAUCAGCACAAAUUUCAAAUUAAUCAUUUCAACAUCACCCGCCACACAGCAACAUCUUUUCCUUUCGCCAGUUCCGGCCGGCACGCCCCCGCAACUCAACCCCGUGCUUGCAGCUCUUUUCCCCGUGUUCUUCUCUCUGAAAAGACCGGUCGAUAUAAAUCAGUUCUAUCAGCUACAUGAUACUAUUGGGAAACAAGAGUGGUACAUAAAUGAGUCCCAUCGUCACAAAUUACUGCGUCAAGAUGCGUCUUGGCGGCCUCAAGCCGGUCGCCGUACUCGUGCAAGACUUGGCAGAGACCCUCAACCCAUGCAAGAGCCUGGUAUUAGAAUGGGCUUGCUAUAUGACCUAGUAGUGCAUUUCAACAGUCUACACCCAGACCCCGAGUUCUACGUUUACUGGGAAAUGUUUCCGCUGCAAGAGUGGCAGGAGGAACGCAGCUCCUAUGAUGACGGCAUGGGAGCGGUGAAAUCUGAUUACUAUCCUCUCUUCUUGAGGGAAAACCUGAACGAGGGACAGCAGAAAUUACGGCACAAAAUUACCUUGUACUAUCAGCAUGAUGCUCUCUGCGGUGUUGCCGAGCUCCAGCCACUUUUGGACAUUGACUCAGCCAUAACUUCGAUGGCUGAGAGGAAUCCGCGGAGAUGCUUCAUUUUAUCACAGAUCCCAAUAUAG